CCAGCGAGGGGGGGGUGCGUACAGGAUUUGCACCAUGAAAAAUUACACUCCAGCUAGUCAUAGUCACCCAGAGAAACUCCCAUCACACCGCAAUAUAAUGAUGAGAUUAUCUUCCAGACUUUAUCCGAACCUUGAAAAAUCCUUCAGGCUACACCAAACUGCAAGAUUUCCGGUUACGCGAGCUUUCCAUGCCACGCCUAGGCUGCAGCAGCCAGCAACCAAAGCUCACCCAGAGCAAGACACUCAUUAUCAGGUAUGUUUCUACUGGAAUCGGUGCGGCCUUGGACUAACAAAUUAGAAACCCUCCUUGGCACAGUUCCAGGUUGCCAUUUUUAACACGCUUUUGCUCUCGUCGCUUGUGUAUCUCACAGCCAACCUCGCUUGGUUGUAUUUGGACAAGCAGGAGGUGGAGCAGGAGCUCAUCCAGGACAUGGCUCGAUUGGAGCAGGAGUUUAAGACUGUUU